GGGUGGCCGGCGGCGGAGGGACGAGGCGCACGGAAAGGCUCAGCUCGCCCUCCCGCCAUGGCAUCGCCGGACGGAGCCAGCGGCAUGGGCGGCAGCCCUGAGGAGACAGAGCUCAGCAUCACCCUGACCCUCCGCAUGCUCAUGCAUGGCAAGGAGAUCGGCAGCAUCAUCGGCAAGAAAGGAGAGACCGUUAAGAGGAUACGAGAGCAGAGCAGCGCGCGCAUCACCAUCUCGGAGGGGUCCUGCCCCGAGCGCAUCACCACCAUCACCGGCUCCACUGACGCCGUCUUCCGCGCCGUCUCCAUGAUCGCCUUCAAGCUGGAGGAGGACCUGGGAGUGGGGAGCGAUGGGGCAGCAGUGGGCAGAGCGCCGGUGACACUGCGCCUCGUCAUCCCGGCCAGCCAGUGCGGCUCGCUCAUCGGCAAGGCGGGAGCUAAGAUCCGGGAGAUCCGGGAGAGCACGGGGGCGCAGGUGCAGGUGGCCGGCGACCUGCUGCCCAACUCCACCGAACGGGCCGUCACCGUCUCAGGGGUGCCGGACACCAUCAUCCAGUGUGUGAGGCAGAUCUGCGCCGUCAUCCUGGAGUCGCCUCCGAAGGGGGCCACCAUCCCCUACCACCCUGGCCUCUCCCUGGGCACCAUCCUGCUCUCUGCCAACCAGGGCUUCUCCAUGCAAGGCCAGUACAGCGGGGUCUCUCCCGCAGAGAUGACGAAGCUGCAGCAGCUGUCAGGGCACACACUCCCCUUCGCCUCCCUGGGCCACGCACCCUCCAUGGUGCCAGGCCUGGACACCAGCUCCCAGAGCAGCUCCCAGGAGUUCCUGGUGCCCAAUGACCUCAUUGGCUGCAUCAUCGGCCGGCACGGCAGCAAGAUCAGCGAGAUCCGGCAGAUGUCGGGCGCCCACAUCAAGAUCGGGAACCAGACCGAGGGCUCCAGCGAGCGGCACGUGACCAUCACGGGGUCCCCUGUCAGCAUCACCCUGGCUCAGUACCUCAUCACAGCCUGCUUAGAGACGGCCAAAUCUACCUCCCAGGUGCCGCCGGGCCCUGGCUCCAUGGACCUCGGCGUGGGCUUCUCCCAGCCCCUCACUCCGGGCUCCAGCGCGGCGCUGCCCGCCGUCGCCCCGGCCCCCCCAGCCCUGCUGGGCACCCCCUACACCAUCUCCCUCUCCAACUUCAUCGGCCUGAAGCCGGUGUCCUUCCUGGCUCUGUCCCCGUCCUCCGUGGCGGGUCCUAACGGCGGCACCGCCACCUACACGACCAAGAUCUCGGCGGCCAAUGGCACCAAGAAAGCUGACCGGCAGAAGUUCUCACCCUAUUGAGCCCCGCUGGCGGGUGGGCAAGGGGGUCUGGGAUGCCACCCAGUGCCAGGGACACCUCCCUGCCGCCCACCAUGUCCCUCAGCCCCCCCCAGGCGCCCCAUGCCCAGGGUGGACCCCUCUGCCCCCCACCCCAGGGAAGGGAAGGGUCUUCCCGGCGGUGAUGCCCGCUGGAGGAAGGGGCUGCUCCGCUGCCUGCUGCCCGUCCUGGCAGCGCUGUGCCCCCCUCCCCGGUUUUCCUGCACGGGGACCACGUGCCCUGGUAUUGGGUGGGGGGGCUGUCUCUCCCAGCCUGGGGUCCCUUCUCCCAGUGCUCUGUGCCGGGGUGGGACCCCCACCUCCUGCCCCUUGCCCUGCCCACCCUGCCAUCCCACUCCUGCCCACCCUCUGGCUGGCACCCAAAAGCCAGGUCCUGCCAGAUGAGGGGCUGCCUGGCCUCUCUGGAGGUCCCCCUUCCCUUGGCUCUGGUGGGGGGCCCUCCCCGGGCCACCCCGGGGCAAUCGCCUCCCAGCAACCCCAUCCAAGAGCCGGUCCCUGCUGGCUUGGAAAUGCUGUAUAUAUAAGUCUAUAUUUUUUCCUCCUUUGUAACUUAUCAAUGGUUUAAUAAAAAGAUAA